UAGACUAAUAUAAAACACAGAGGAACGCAAACAGUGAGACGGAGUGACAUCACAAGGCAACCUGAAUCCUCCGAGUCCUUUUAUAGCAUUAUCUAGCCCCUACCCCUGUCUAGUGGCCUUAAAUGAGGGGAAGGGGCGAGUGAUCUGCUGAGUUGUGAGCUGGGCUGGCUGGUGAGGUCAUGAGAGGAGUAAGAAGGGAGAGGAGAGAGAGGUCGUGAUGGAGGGACGUGACCUGGCAGUGGGGGUCGUCACUGUGGUGGUGUCCCUUGUGUGUUUGGUGGCCUUUGUGGCGCUGGGGUGGUAUGCAGUGUGGCGGCUCUUCCUCUCCCGCUUCAGCUUCGUACGGGAGCUGUUCGGCAACCAGCAGGAGGCCGGGCCGUCAGGGGCAGCCAGUGAGGAGGCGUCCCGGGCCAGCCGACCUCGAGGCAGCCGGAAAAUAAGACGAGACUAAUGGCGUGAUGCUGUGUGCCUGGCGCUGCCCUGCCUAUGUGUGUGACCAGCCGAGUGAGGGCACACUUCUAGGAUGGGAGAGGCUGCCAUCACCCCCUCCCUUGACAGCAGAGUGCACCUGUCUGGCACUGCCUCAGCCUUGGUGUGGGCAGGCUGAGGUGCUGACAGUGAGUGCUGGACUUUGUUCAAGACACUGUUGGGUAUUCAUACAAUCAAAAAAUAUGACUUAAGAGAUGUUUGAGUUAUACGGUGAUUGCAAUCAGGUAACAUGUUGUAUCCACUUCCACCAGGUAAGAUAACUGUGCUGAGUGUCUUGCCUCACUCUUCUCUGACGUGCUGGGAAUCUGUUACUGGUCAGGUUUUGUAAGAUCAUUGCCAGCGCAUCAGAAGACUUGAGACGGAGAAGCACACAGGAGUGGAAGUGAGGAUGAGACAUACUGCACUCACUCCCAUUGUGCUGAGUGUCUUCAUACACUCUUCUUUGAUCUACUGGAAGUCUUCUAAACUGCCAGGUUUUGUAAGGACAUUGCCAGCAGAUCAGAAGACUUGAGACUGAGAGAAAACACAGCACAAUGGAAGUGAGGGUAUAGAUAACAAAUUGUAUUUGCUUCCACUGUGCUGAGUGUCUUCCCGCAGUUUGCUGUGACCUGAAAAUCCUAUCAUUUGUCACAGUGGAAGUGAAGAUAUAAAUAACAUAUGCACUAUUUCUUCCACUGUACUGAACAUCUUCCCUCACUCUGUUCUGAUAUGAACAUUUAUUAGUAACCUGGUUUUGUAAGUAGAUUGCCAAUAGGUCAGUAAGAUUGAGAGAAAAACAGUUCAGUGGAAGUGAGGACGUCAAGUCACUUGACUUAAAACCUCAACUGUUGAAGCAGUGGUGUGUUUUUGUGGCAGCCAGAGGAGGUGUAGCUGUACUCUCCAAGCCCCACCUCCUCGGUGUCCACCUGUGUAGCUCACUGCCAGCACAACUCUAAGGGAACAGUAAUAUGCAUCAGACGCCUUACUUAAGCACCAGUGGAGCCUAAACAGUUCAGUGGUGGAGCUCAGAAAAAUAUUACAUCCCAAAACAGCUACAAAAAAGACACCUCAGUUAGAUUCGUGAAUGUGGCCACUAGUACGGGGGGUCCUUGAGUUACAAUGGAGUUCUGUUCCUCCGCCAUGUUGUAAACCAAUCUUCAGUGUAGGUCUGAAGCAGUCUGAGCAAGCACCUGCAGUGUGCCACUCACCUGUGCUGAGGCUACAUUACUGUACAGUCAUCAUCUAGGACAUAAAACAUAACUACUGUACCUGUAAAAAAAAAACACUUGGAGGACAUACAGUAAGUAAAAAAUAAUUAAAUAAAUCAGUAACAAAACAAAAAUCAGCCAAGGGUCCAGACCAUCGUGAACUGAGGACUGCUUGUAUCACGAGUGUGGCCAUGAAGUCCAUGAGUGGGCAGGGUUUUGUAGCAAUGUGCCAAUGUGAAGCAAUGAAAAAGCUUGAUUCUUUGUGACUAAACUGACAUGUAAAAUAUUAUCAUUAAGUUUUUAGGUUUUUUUUUUUUUUUUUUUUUUUUUUUUUUUUUUUUUUUUUUUUUUUUUAAUGGUUCACAUGGUGGGUGGUGGUGGUGAUGGGGGGAGGGAGAGGUGGGGUGCAAUGACUCAGGCAGCCAGUGACCCGUGCUUCUGUGCAGUGCUUGUGAUAUCACCUGUGGAUACCAGAUGUAUGUGUGUGUGUGUAUGUGCGUGCUCUAUUUUUGUAUCGGUAAGAAAUAAAGGUAGUUGUUGAGGUGAAGCAACUGCAAAAGAAGAGAGAA